UGUGCGUGAAUAGUGUGUUCGCAGAUGAGAGUGGUGGCUGUAAGUACAGGAGGGGAGAUGAAAGCGAUAGUGCGGACUCGGGAUGAGAGGAGAAGAGGGAGGAGCGACGCCCAUGUCAGAGCCUUGUUUAGACAGAUAAAGAGGUGGAGUGGACACGGAGGCAUUACAUCUGUGUGAAUGCCAAACGGACUAAACCCAAAACACACCACAACCAGAGCAGCAGCAGCAGCGCGUCCAUGGAGGGCUCCGAGGGAAAGCUGUUGAAGAAGGGUUCCAUCAAGAAGAAGAUUGAGUCAUUCAGGCGAUGGAGCUCGGCAAGUAUGAAGAGACCCCCGAGACCCAAAGCCAAGACCCUGAGUCUGUCUUCUCCCGUGGGCGACCCAGAGGACCUGUGGCUGCAGGAGGGCAACGGCAGGAAGCUCCGCCCCAUCGUGGACUCUGUCUUUGGGCAGGAUCGGGAUUUGCGGCCAGAAGAGAUGGAAGAGCUUCGAGAGGCGUUCAGGGAGUUUGACAAAGACAAAGAUGGUUUCAUCAGCUGUAAGGACCUGGGCGAGUGCAUGAGGACUAUGGGAUACAUGCCCACAGAGAUGGAGCUGAUUGAACUGAGCCAGCAGAUCUGUGGCGGUAGAGUGGACUUUGAGGAUUUUGUGGAGUUGAUGGGUCCUAAAAUGUUGGCUGAGACUGCAGACAUGAUCGGAGUGAAGGAGCUUCGGGACGCCUUCAAAGAGUUUGACUCAGAUGGUGAUGGUCAGAUCAGCCUGGCGGAGCUGAGGGAGGCCAUGAAGAAGCUAAUGGGCGAGCAGCUGCAUCACCGUGAGAUCGACGAGAUCCUGAGAGACGUGGACCUCAACGGGGAUGGGGAGGUCGACUUUGAAGAGUUUGUGAGGAUGAUGUCUCGUUGAGUCCUCUCCCAAUGCUACUGGAGCUGCACUGAUAAACAGUUUCUUGUACAAAUUAUCUAUUUGUGUUUUGUCAAACUAUUCCUUUAAUGUAAUUAUAAAAUGCUAGUUUGAAGAACAUUUACAAAUAUGAAGCUGAAAGUUUCAGUGAGGAAUACCUAGCAUCCCACCUCAGAUUGCAAUGUCUACAGUAACUGUGAUUUCAGAUAAAAUUUCAUUAUAUUUUAGUGUUGUUCUUUAGCAUUUGGGGAUGUAUAGCACUUUGUGGACUGAAGUCUGUGUAGAUAGCUAAGUCACUUCUGUAUGUUAAAUGUUAUUUUUAUGUUAUGAGAUUAUGUACUUGGAGCAGGUGGGGGGGCUUGAGGGGGCAUUAGCCCUAGAAUAGCCAGAACUGCCCUAGAAUUGCACCGUCAAAGGUUGCCCACAGAUUUUUGCCCCAUUUUCAUGGGACAUUCCAUCUCAUUUAAAAUGUUCAAACUACAAAGUGUAUAAUUAAAAAUUAUUUCAUAUUGGUUUUAUAAACACCACUACAGGGACUAACUACAUUUAAACUUGUUCAAAAUAGCGACUCAAACAUGGUAGGAGGUGGAAGUGCACUCGUAUCCAAAGGAUUUAAGUGAACAUGGUAAGUGUGCAUCCUCAUUAAAGAACUCAGCACCCCCACAGCUCCUCCAACCAAAAAUGUCUGGAGCCGCCCCAGUCUUGGAGAGACAUUAUGUUCUCAGGAUGUGAGCAUUUAGUGCAAUAUAAUGUAAAAUUCCACAUACAUCGAGUGAAACGAUUGAAAUCCACCAAGGGCUACUCUGUGUUUGAACUUGGUUUAACAUUAAAAUCUUGCUUGAUCCAUGUAUGUGCACGUUGAAUGACUGUAGAUAUAUGUAAAAAGUUUUCCCAACACUGUUUAAAAUAUGAUCAGUGACAAUAUAGAUGUAUUUGUUUAGAGUGUCACUGAAAGUUAAUUUAGUAAAAGUUAAAAAAGCUCUUAGAAGCCAUUGAAUUUAUUAAUUUAAUUAUGAUUGGGUUUUUUUGUUUUUUUUGUUGUUUGUUUUUUUCAAUAAUAACCUUAAAAAGCUUUGUGCUUUAAGAUGUAUGUAAUUUUGUACAGCAUGUAUUCAUCAAUAAAAGCAAAUUUGCACUGUAAAUAAUAAAAAAAUAUUG